UCCAGCGGCAGUAGUAGCAACAGCAGCUGUGGAAGCGCCAGCUAGAGAUAGGCAGGGCUGGUGCUUGCAGCCGCGCAGAUCGCCUCCUCCUCGCCACACGCACACACAUCCACACACGCACUGCAACAAGAUUCCCAAUAUCCACCGGCGUCUUGGUAAGAAAUGAAGGACUCAAAGAGAUGAGAGAAGAGCGUGAGUCAUGGACAACAGGUCUUUAAUAUAUUAUUAAGACUGAUAACUCGCACCCACAGUGGCUACAUGUUGACAGAUUGCAUAUUUUGAAAGCUUGAGAUAUUUUAUAAUGAAACAUGCCAUGUGGAAACUUUGAAGCCUAGAAUCCUGCCAAACACCUGAAUAAAGAAUUCCUCACCUGUAAUGUAAGAGACUUCUCACUACCACCAUGACAAACCAGGAGAAGUGGGCACACCUUAGCCCCUCAGAAUUUUCCCAACUUCAGAAAUAUGCUGAGUACUCUACAAAGAAAUUAAAGGAUGUUCUGGAAGAAUUCCAUGGUAACGGUGUGCUUGCAAAGUAUAAUCCUGAAGGGAAACAAGACAUUCUUAACCAAACAAUAGAUUUUGAAGGUUUUAAGCUAUUUAUGAAGACAUUCCUGGAAGCAGAGCUUCCCGAUGAUUUCACAGCACACCUUUUCAUGUCAUUUAGCAACAAAUGUCCUCAUUCUAGUCCAGUGGGAAAAAGUAAGCCUGCUCUCCUUUCAGGAGGUCUGAGAAUGAAUAAAGGUGCCAUCACCCCUCCCCGUACUUCUCCUGCAAAUACGUGUUCCCCAGAAGUAAUCCAUCUGAAGGACAUUGUCUGUUAUCUGUCUCUCCUUGAACGAGGAAGACCGGAGGAUAAACUUGAGUUUAUGUUUCGCCUCUAUGACACAGAUGGGAAUGGCUUCCUGGACAGCUCGGAGCUAGAAAAUAUCAUCAGUCAGAUGAUGCAUGUCGCAGAAUACCUUGAAUGGGAUGUCACUGAACUCAAUCCAAUCCUCCAUGAAAUGAUGGAAGAAAUUGACUAUGAUCAUGAUGGGACAGUCUCUCUGCAGGAAUGGAUCCAAGGAGGAAUGACAACAAUUCCACUUCUCGUUCUUCUGGGCUUGGAAAAUAACGUGAAGGAUGAUGGACAGCAUGUGUGGCGACUCAAGCACUUUAAUAAACCUGCCUACUGCAAUCUUUGCCUGAACAUGCUGAUUGGUGUGGGGAAGCAGGGUCUCUGCUGUUCCUUUUGCAAGUACACAGUCCAUGAACGCUGUGUGGCUAGAGCGCCUCCUUCUUGCAUCAAGACUUAUGUGAAGUCCAAGAAGAACACUGAUGUCAUGCAUCAUUACUGGGUUGAAGGUAACUGCCCAACCAAGUGUGAUAAGUGCCACAAAACGGUCAAAUGUUACCAAGGCCUGACAGGACUGCAUUGUGUUUGGUGUCAGAUCACACUGCAUAAUAAAUGUGCUUCUCAUCUCAAACCUGAAUGUGACUGCGGACCUUUGAAGGACCAUAUUUUACCACCCACAACAAUCUGUCCAGUAGUCCUGAAUCUGCCCACUUCAGGAGUUUCAGUCCCUGAGGUAAAGACAAGCACGGUGAAGAAGGAAAAAGGUGGUUCCCAGCAAUCAAACAAAGUGACAGAUAAGACAAAAUGCAAAGAGCCAACUCUGUGAACGGUGGACGGGCAAGGCCUACAGAUUACCCCUGUUCCUGGUACUCACCCGCUUUUAGUUUUUGUGAACCCCAAAAGUGGUGGAAAGCAAGGAGAACGAAUUUAUAGAAAAUUCCAAUAUCUACUAAAUCCUCGUCAAGUUUACAGCCUUUCUGGAAAUGGACCAAUGCCAGGAUUAAACUUUUUCCGUGAUGUUCCUGAUUUCAGAGUGUUAGCCUGUGGUGGAGAUGGAACCGUGGGGUGGAUUUUGGACUGCAUAGAAAAGGCUAAUGUUGUCAAGCAUCCUCCAGUUGCCAUUCUGCCUCUUGGGACCGGCAAUGAUCUAGCAAGAUGCCUGCGAUGGGGAGGAGGUUAUGAAGGUGAGAAUCUGAUGAAAAUCCUAAAAGACAUUGAAAACAGCACAGAAAUCAUGCUGGACAGGUGGAAGUUUGAAGUCAUACCUAAUGACAAAGAUGAGAAGGGAGACCCAGUGCCUUACAGUAUCAUCAAUAAUUACUUUUCCAUUGGCGUGGAUGCUUCCAUUGCACACAGAUUCCACAUCAUGAGAGAAAAACACCCAGAAAAAUUCAACAGUAGAAUGAAGAACAAAUUUUGGUAUUUUGAGUUUGGCACAUCUGAAACGUUCUCAGCCACCUGCAAGAAGCUGCAUGAAUCUGUAGAAAUAGAAUGUGAUGGAGUACAAAUAGAUUUAAUAAACAUCUCCCUGGAAGGAAUUGCUAUUUUGAAUAUACCAAGCAUGCAUGGUGGAUCCAAUCUUUGGGGAGAGUCUAAGAAAAGACGAAGCCAUCGCCGCAUAGAGAAAAAAGGGUCUGACAAAAGGACCACACUCACAGAUGCGAAAGAAUUGAAGUUUGCAAGUCAAGAUCUGAGUGAUCAGCUGCUGGAGGUGGUUGGCUUAGAAGGAGCCAUGGAGAUGGGACAAAUCUACACCGGACUGAAGAGUGCUGGGCGAAGGCUGGCACAGUGCUCCUCUGUGGUCAUCAGGACUAGCAAGUCUCUGCCAAUGCAGAUCGAUGGGGAACCAUGGAUGCAGACCCCGUGCACAAUAAAAAUUACACACAAGAACCAAGCUCCAAUGCUGAUGGGUCCUCCUCCAAAAACUGGGUUGUUCUGCUCCCUCGUCAAAAGAACAAGAAACCGAAGCAAGGAGUAAACCUGUCUCAUUUUAUUCUUCGAGAUCUAAUUAGCAUAAUUGGGCCGUGGAAACUUAUGCUGGAAAUCUUUGAACCAUUUCAGUUCUCUUGCUCAUGCAAAAUCAUCGAAUUGGUUUAACAGUUUUUGUUACUGAGCUAAUGUAAAAUUCAGCUAUUAGAAAAUUUGUCUCCGUUUUUAUAGGCAUCUUUGCAUGAAGAAGGCAGAAGUUUACAUGAAGUGGUACUGCAUAUUUUUGUUGCAUGCAUUCCCAUAGAUUUUUAUGUCCCUCACUCAUUCCUCCCCCAGUUUCCAUUUACUAACCUGUGAGAGAAAUCUGUAAACCCUAAAGGAAAUACCAUGGAAAAAGUGAUUCUCUGUGUGAUUCCAAUUAUUGAUAAGUGCUAAUCAGUAAUGCUACGAUAAUCACAACUGCAGAUUGCAAUACUUUUGCCUUUUAGAAUCAGUGUCUCAAUGACCUUUGAACUAUGACUUGAGAAGAAACUUCUAAUUGGAACAUUUUAUUAAAUACUUGUCUAUGAUACGUCGCUGUAUCUAAAUAUUUUUUCUUCAACAUCUUGAUGCUUCUGAGUGGAAUUUCAGGUAUACAGUUUUCUUGUGC